AGCAUCUUCGCUUCUCAACAGCCAGACAAGAAAAGACGCAAGGUCUGUGCUGGAGCUUGUCGCAGGAAAAACGCCACCACACUCCCUACGGAAUUGCUUCAGCGAGUAUCCGUGUAGUUAGCUGUUACACGAGCACCUGGGCAUUUAGGGGAAUGUGCUCUUCCUGUCUGUGACCUGGAGUCACAUGCUGCCCACUUGAUGGAAAAGUUUUACCUACCACAGUGCCCAUCGGCACCACUGAGAUGACCCUAGGAGAAGUGAACUGUGGAUGACAGCGUGAGCCAGGGAAACUCAACGUUUAUGCCAAAAUAUCCUCCCUCUGAGCCAGAAAGAAACCUGUUCUAGUUAUUCUCACACACACACACUCCCAUUCCUGUUCAGCUGUUGAGAUGCUGCUGCCAGGACCACUGUGGGUGUGCCUGGCUCUGAUAUGGGUGGGAAGCUGCAGUGCCCAUAGCCUGUUCACCUGCGAGCCCAUCAAAGUGCAUUGGUGCUUGGGGAUGCCCUACAACAUGACCUUCUUUCCUAACAUGAUGGAGCACUAUGACCAGGAUAUUGCAGCCAGUAAUAUGGAGCCAUUCAUGCCUCUGGUUAACCUGCGGUGCUCUCCAGAUGUCCACCACUUCCUAUGCCAAGCUUUUGUUCCAGCAUGCACCGAGGACGACAUGGUGAUCCAUCCAUGCAGAGAGGAGUGUGAGACUGUUCUGUCUGAGUGUAAGGAGAAUAUACGAAUCUUUGGCAUCACAUGGCCUCCUGAGCUACAGUGUGACAAAUUGGACAGCUGUAGCUUGCAUGAUAGCGUGACACCUCCCGUAACCACCCCAAUGCCCUUGUCAUCAGCCAAGAGGGACCUUGGCUUCUGGUGCCCACUGCAGCUGAAGACCAAGCCAGGCCAUGGAUCAUCAUUCCUGGGUGCCCAGGACUGUGCUCCUCCUUGCUCCAAUAUGUACUUCAAACCUCAUGACAUUGAAUUUGCCAAGAGCUUCAUCGGCGUGUGCUCUAUCAUCUGCUUGGGUGCAACGCUCUUCACCUUCCUCACGUUCCUCAUUGAUGUUAAGCGUUUCCGCUAUCCUGAGCGCCCCAUAAUCUUCUAUGCCGUCUGCUACAGCUUGGUCUCACUCAUGUACUUCAUCGGUUUCUUGCUGGGGAACAACGCUGCUUGUACCAAAGCAACUCAUCCUGCCGGCGUGGAUACUGUGGUGUUGGGCUCUCAGAGCAAAGGCUGCACUCUGUUUUUCAUGCUGCUCUACUUCUUCUCCAUCGCUGGUAUCGUAUGGUGGGUCAUCCUCACCAUCACCUGGUUCCUUGCAGCUGGACCCAAGUGGAGCUGUGAGGCUAUAGAGAAGAAAGCGGUGUGGUUCCAUUCUGCUGCCUGGGGGAUCCCCGGGGCGCUAACCGUCAUGCUGCUGGCUCUGAACAAAGUUGAAGGGGACAACAUCAGCGGUGUUUGUUUUGUGGGGCUUUACGACCUGGACGCCCUGCGCUACUUUGUUUUGGCUCCUCUGUGCGUGGGUGUCAUAGUUGGCCUUUUCCUCAUCCUGGCAGGCAUCGUUUCUUUAAAUAACGUCCGGCAGGUCAUCCAGCAUGACGAGCGCAACCAGGAGAAGCUGAAGAAGUUCAUGAUCCGCAUCGGCGUGUUCAGCUGCCUCUACCUGGUCCCAUUGGUCACCCUGUUAGCCUGCUACACCUACGAACAGAGUCACCGCAGCACCUGGGAGAAUACCUGGAUCAACGACCGCUGUCAGGAGUACAGCAUCCCCUGCUCCUACAAGACAGCAGAGCUCGACAGGCCGGACCUCUCCCUGUUUCUGGUGAAAUACUUAAUGACUCUGGUGGUUGGAAUAUCUGCAGUGUUCUGGGUCAGCAGCAAAAAGACGUGCUCUGAGUGGGCCUACUUCUUCAACAGGACUCGCAAGAGAGAUCCCAUCAGUGAGAGCCGCCGGGUGCUGCAGGAGUCCUGCGAGUUCUUCCUCAAGCACAACAGCCGCGUCCAGCACAAGAAGAAGCACUACAAGCCGACCUCCCACAAGCUCAAGGUCAUCUCCAAGUCCAUGGGCACAAGUACUGGUGCUGCACUCUCCAAUGUCUCCACCACCGCCACCGUAACCAAUCAAGGAGCCUCUGCACUGGGUAAUCACGAGCCAUAUGCACAAGGUUCUCUGUCUGAGACCUCAGUCAGAGAGCACCUGGACAGGGGCACCUCCAGCCGAAGCUCCAGGAGAGGGGAGAGGGAGAGGGAGAGGGAGGGGGGAGGAGAGAGACGUAGCAAAGGCGGGAGCUCCAGUAAGAUCAGCAGCCGCUCAGAGAGCACGCACAGAGUCCCAGAUGGGAGGAUGACUCCAAGGAGCGAGCUGUCAGAGACCAGGCAGGUCCCCAGUGGACAGCAGCAUCCAGCUUUAAACCUAUCACACAGCAGCAGCAUCCAGGACUCCACCCAUCAGCUGGUGCAUCGGGUGCCUGAGGAGAGCAAGGACGCAAAGGACAGCAGCUGCUGAGGCAUCCGACUGUCCCACAUUUAUCUGCAUAUCCAUCCAUCCAUUCAUCCUUGAAACCACUCAUUCACAUAUCUGUUCCAAACCACAGUGCCCGUUUGUGUCAUAUAUCAUAUAAGCUUCAUACGUCACAUUUUGAUUGUAUUGGUUACAUUGUAUUCAGUGAAUGUUCAUGGCCAGGAAAUGGCAACACGCGCUGAGUAUGUAAAUGUGGUAUGUUCAUAACCUGUGAGUCAGAGCAGAGAGCCUGAAGGUGUUAGAUGGUGCAGUUAAAAUGACAGCUGUGUCUUUCAGCUUUACUGAGGUUCUGGCCUUACACCUGAAUGUUGCAGCAGCACAGCUUUGUUCCACUGAAACAUCUACCAAUGGUCAUAUAAUUUUUAUAGCAUGCAUCAGAAACUUUACACCUAUUUUGUAGAUUAGUAGCUCAGUGGCAUAGAAUGCAUACUAGAAAGGAAAUGCAAUAUUUAUGUAAAUAUUCUAUUUUUUAGAAAUGAAGUCUUUCACUGGACUAGUUGCUACACUGAGUAUUAUGCUGAGAAAGGUUAUGAUAUUGCCAAACAUUCAACUUAAGGAGAGUCUCCCUAUGGUAAUUUGGUUUUGUUUGUUUGUUUUUUUUUUGAAUGUCUUAUUGUUGUGUCUGGAAACAUGGUUUGCCUUCAAAGCACAUCUUUUAAUACAUGUAGUGUGCUAUGUUACUGCUCCUUUAAAAAAAGGGCAUAGUCUCGAUAGUUGAUUUUUAGACGGUGUUUGAAUUUGUGAUUUCUUCCUACUUAAUGUACAGAUGUGUCUUCAAAGAAGUGUCCUGUGAUUUUGGAUAAAGUAUAGCUUUAUAGUUUUCUACAAAAAUGUGCCUUCCUUAGAGUAGUUCCUCAUCUUCAAAGAACCUUAAAGAACCUGCAGAUGUUGUGUGUGAUGUCUGCCUGUGAUCUUGGAGAAGGUGUAAAUUUACUUGGAGGAAACAAAUCAAACAGGCUUUGCACUAUUUUUCAUUAGAAUCACAAAACACUAAUUAUUAAGUGUUAAUAGUCAUAAACAAAUACAAAAAGAGUUUUUUUCAGGGCUAAUUUAUAACAUGUGGGGUCUCAGACCAUAUAUUUCUUUUAAAGUACUUCCAGAGCAACUUCUGGGAUUCGUUUGAAAAUUUGUCAUGCUGUACAGUCCAUUGCUGUGGAAGGGAUUGAUUCUUUUAUAUUUGGGAGUCACAGAACAAUUCCAAUCAGGCUAAUUAAAAGGGAAUCCUUGUCAGUCUAUUCCUGUUGUACAUGUUCAUUCUUUAUCUGGCAUGUGGACGGGGGUCUUUCUGAAAAUCUAUCUAUGAAAUGUAGUCCAUGAAAUGCGCUAUACAACUUUUAUAAACUGUUUUUUUAAUGUUCUUUUUUUUUUGUAACCUAUCUUGUCAGUUCAAUUUUGUAUCAAUCCAAUUGAAUUUUAAUAAAAUAUCAUUGAAUAAAAAA